UUUUCGUUCACAGCCAAACAAAACACGCCAACUUUGCUGCUUCUCUUUCAGUGGCGCCUCUCAUUCAUUUUUCAGUUGCCAUUAUAUCACGAUGGUGCACAUAGACAAAAUAAUAAUAUUUUUUCCGUUGCUUUUAGCAACUCAAGUUUGGGGCGCCGCGGUCACCUUCAGCGAAAAUGACAUUGCGGCGCCGACACGGCAGGACUUCUGCAAGCAAAACCUGUCGCCGCAAGUCGUGAACGAAAUUCAGUCGUACGCACCGAUCGCCAGGAAAAUCAUCAAAUUCGUCACGGAGGGCAAAUACAAGGGAAGGACGUGGACGAAAUUGGCCGAGUUCGUGGACAAGUUUGGCUCCAGAAUUGCGGGUUCGAAAAAUUUGGAGAAUGCGAUCGACUUCAUGCUGGACGAGUUGAAAAAAGAGGGACUGGAAAAUGUUCACGGCGAGGAAGCGCAAGUCCCGCACUGGGUCAGAGGAAAGGAACACGCUGAAUUGAUCGAGCCCAGAAAGCAAAAUUUACCAAUUUUAGGACUGGGUAGCAGCGUUGCAACCCCAAAGUCCGGAAUUACAGCAGAACUUUUAGUCGUGGACAGUUUUGAUGAGCUUCAAAGGAAUAAAAACUUGGCAAGCGGAAAAAUUGUUGUUUUUAAUGAAAACUACACAUCUUAUGGGGAUAGCGUGCAAUACAGAGAUUAUGCUGCAGUUGAAGCAGCCAAACUUGGUGGAGUUGCAACUUUGGUCAGGUCUGUUACACCAUUUUCAAUUUCGAGCCCUCACACUGGCUGGCAGGAUUACGAUGCAAAUGUUACAAAAAUUCCCACCGCCAGCAUCACCGUGGAAGACGCCGAAAUGCUCUCAAGAAUGUUCAAGCGAGGAGACAAGUUGAAAGUGCGUUUGUACAUGGAGGCGCAAAAUCUUCCACCGGCAACUUCACGCAACACUGUUGCGGAAAUCAGAGGCAAAACUAAUCCCGAAGAAGUGGUCGUCGUUUCUGGACAUUUAGACAGUUGGGAUGUUGGACAGGGAGCGAUGGACGACGGAGGCGGCGCUUUUGUUUCGUGGGUCAGUUUGGCGGCUAUUAAAAAACUGGGACUCACGCCGAGGAGGACGCUCAGGGCGAUUCUGUGGACGGCGGAGGAGGAAGGAUUGGUUGGAGCUUUUGCUUACGUAAAGGCUCACAAAUCAGAUCAGGGAAAACUGGACUUCGUGAUGGAGUCUGAUGAGGGCACCUUCACACCCCACGGCCUUUCAUUUUCCGGCUCAAAGAUGGGAGGUUGCAUUUUGCAGGAAAUUUUGAAGCUGACUGCCAGCAUUAACACUACUAAUUACGAAACACCGCAAGAUGGAGGCCCAGACAUUAAACUUUGGACCUCCAAAGGAGUGCCAGGCGCCAGUUUGAUCAACUCGAACGAAAGAUACUUUUGGUUUCACCACUCCGCUGGGGACAUGAUGACGGUUGAAGAUCCAAGAGCUUUGGACUUGUGCACCGCGCUGUGGGCUGUUGCUUCUUAUGUAGUGGCGGAUUUGAGUUUCACGAUUCCAAGACAAUAGCACGACGAAUCAAAUAAUUGCACACAUUUCUACAUAAAUAAAAUUUCAAUACGUUAAUAAAA